GGCGGAUGGCGGGCGCGGGGCGGCCGGUGCCCACGUGCCUGCUGCUGGGGGCGGCGGGCGGCGGCAAAAGCCUGCUGGCCCGGCGGCUGCGACAGCUGAGCGCAGAGGAGGGUCCGGCGGGGCUGGGCGAGCCCCCGGCCACGUUGCCCACGGUGGGCACCAACCUGACCGACCUGCGGCUGCCGCGGAGGGCGACGGUGCGGGAGCUGGGCGGCUGCAUGGGGCCCAUCUGGGCCAGCUACUACGGCGAGUGCAGCGCUCUCAUGUUCGUGGUGGACGCCGCCAACCCCAGCCAGGUUUCCAACUCCUGUGUCCAGCUGCUCUCCGUCCUCUCCGCCCCCCAACUCGCCGCCGUCCCCGUCCUCGUCCUCUUCAACAAGAUUGACCUGCCCUGCUACAUGUCGCUGGCGGAAAUGAAGUCGCUGUUCCGCAUGCAGGACAUCGUCUCCUGCGCCACGCAGCCCGUCACCAUGAUGGAGACCAGCGCCCGCGACGGCACCGGCCUGGCUGAUGUCCUGCAGUGGCUGCGGGCCACCCUCGGAGAACCUCGCUGAGCAACCCCAGCCCCAUGGCGAACCCUGUCACCAAAGGGCAGCUGGGAGUGGGGCACAGGAUGGUGUCACAGGGCAGGAUCCCUGUGGGACUGGACAGUAAAACCUCCU